CAGCGGGAGACUGACGGGCGGUUUGGACCAGCGGGAAACUGUUCUUUCAGACAGGUUAGUUAAAUGUCAGUUACACGUACAGCUCCAGGAGGAGGCGGCAGCUGAUGAGAUGGAGCUGGACGAGGAGGAGGAGGAGGAGGGAGAGGAGGAGGACGUGGCAGCUGAGAAGGAGGCGCCGUCACAGACUGGACCCAAAUUCAACAUCCCCCAAGCUUUACGUUUUGAAGCACCCUUAGCCGACAUGCUGACGGAGCGACGGCACGUCGUCAGGAAGCAGUAUGAAGCCCUGCAACAGAAGAGAGCCCUGCAGGACACUACCUGCCAUCACCGUGACAACGCCAUGGACACGCCCAGCCCUCCUCAGGAGGCCCUCCCCCCCGUCCUGCUGCUGCAGAACCGCGUCCAACCCAUCCUCCACCUUGACUACACCCAGAAACAGCAGCUGCAGCAGCAGAUACAGCAGCAUGUGCAGCUGCUGACUCAGGUUCACCUGUUGUGUCGCCAUGUGGACGCAUUGCAGCACGAAGCCAGCAUCACUCAACACUAUCUGGAGGAGCUGCAGCAGUUCGCCCGCCGUCGGGAGCAGGUUUUCCUCCCGAGCAGUUUCAGAGUGUGUAACCUGAAGGAGGCUCUGGAUCUCAUUUCUGAGGUGGAGCAGAGAGCGCAGCCUCCUCGUGCUCCACCCACUCCUGCUGCCUCCAGACGCUGGCUCCCCAGGAUGACUCCUGCUACCAACAGUCUGGCCUUCCCUCUGCUGCCAGCCGACACCGCCUGGCUUCUCGCCACGCGUCCUGUCUUUUUGUACCCGGAGCUACUUCCUGUCUGCAGCCUGGACCCCGCCAUCCACCCCCGACACCCCCGCAGUGUUUACACUGCAGGAGAGGAGGGUCUGAUCGUUUUAGGUCUGAAGCACUUCGAAGGUACGAUCCAGAUGGACCAGCUGAUCAGCUCCUACCUGCUGUGCAAGUCACGGUGGAACUUCAGGAAGCACAUCAGAGAGAUGAGCGGGCCGAGGGCGCCGCACGGCAACCUCAUCAAGACGUUCCUGACGUCCAGAGUCGCCCCCCAGCUGCCGCUUGCCUGCAGCAGAGUUCAGCCGAGAGACCGCUGCCCCCCGGUGGACAGAACCACCAUCAACAUGCCCAACUGGCUCAAGUCAGCUGAUCAUCCAGAAGACGCGGGCGACUCCUUCUCCCUGUUAUCUCCCCUCUCUCCCAGAGCUUCCUGCCUUCCUAUUGGUGGGAGGAUUCAACAGGCCGUCCCCCUCCUCCUCCCCCACCCCUGUCUGGCCCACGCGGACCGCACCGAUCCCACAAUGCCUCGCUCUACUGACGCCGUGAACCCGGGGUACUUCUUCCUCCAGAUGGUGCGCGUGCCACAUGCUCCGCCCACUGUCAACGCCCAAGAGAUCUACAGACCAAUCAGAAAGGAGCAGAGGGAAAUGGAGAAGACUUCCACAACGCCACGCCUUCCACUGGAAGAAGAGAGACGGGAUGAGAGACAAAUGGAGGAAGGAGGUGGGGGCGAGAGGGACGAGGAUGAAGAAAAGGAUGAGGAGGAUCAGGACCGACAGGGCGAGGAUGAGGAGGAGGAGGAUUUUGAUGACCUCACGCAGGAUGAAGAUGAGGAGGAAGUGAUGUCAUCGGCUUCAGAGGAGUCGGUGCUGUCGGUCCCAGAGUUGCAGGAGACCAUGAAGCAGCUGACCUGGCUGGCAGCAGAGCGUCGUCUCUGUGCAGACGGCGACUCGGAGGAGGACAACUCGCCAACCUCUCCUGGCUCUCAGGAGGAGGAGGAAGAGGAGGAGGAGGAAGAAGAAGAGGAAGAGGAGGGGCCCAAAGAGGAAGAGUCUGGAGAAGGGAGGAGCAGGAAGCCAGGAAGAGAUGAAGAGACGCCAUCCGGCAACGGGACGCCCAGAGGAGGAGGCAGGUGUCCCGGACGAGGACGAGGGCGAAGCCGGCCUCUUCGCGGCCUGAGGAGAAGUCGCUCGGAGCGCCACAGCAAAGACGCCGCUAAGCUGCUGCAGCUGUACGACGAGAACCUCCUCAACAACGACCCGCACAGAGAGAGCAAAGACGUGGCGUUCGCCCAGAGCUACCUCAGCAGGGUGCGCGAGGCGCUGCAUGACCUACCUGGGCAGGUGGAGGAGUUUGUGUGUCUGCUGAACGGUUUUGAGCAGGUGGGAGACGGACAUGAGCUGACGUCGUUGUUCAGGAAGCUGCGCUGCGUCCUCGGAGAGCGGACGGACCUCCUACGAGACUUUGCCGCCUUCUUGCAUCCUCAGCAGGCGCUGCAGUGUGGGCUGUUUGAGGAGCAGCAGGCGUUUGAGCGCAGCCGCCGCUUCCUGCGGCAGCUGGAGAUCAGUUUUGGAGAUAAUCCGUCACAUUAUCAGAAGAUCAUCAAAGCGCUGCAGACCGGUCCAGACCUGAGUCCAAGCAGCAUCGACGAGCUAAAGGUUCAGAUGGCCGCGCUGUUAAAAGGCCACACCCAUCUACAAGCUGAAUUCUGGGUAUUUUUUGACGAGCUCCGCCCACCACCAGCUCGCCCGGGACAGUUUGAAGAAGCCCAUUGGCCGGAUGAAGGAGGGGGCGGGUCGGACAGCGGAGAGGGCGUCGGCCACGUGUCAGGUGGUGUAGCUGGCGGCGGCUUUGAGGAGGUGACGCUCCCGGAGCUGGAAGAUGAGGAGGAGGGGCACAAGAUCCAGCCAAUGACGGGUCGGCGCCGCCGGAGGAAGAUCGCCCCCCACAGGAACUACAAGGCCUCAGGGGGCGUGUCCAGAGCCAUGAAGAGUCUGGACCCUCUGUAUCCUCAGAUAGGCUCCACCCACGACGACCCAGGACCAAUCAAAGACCUGGAUCCGAAGGGGGACAACAACCGUCCUCAGCCAGAACAAAGCGCUGCAUCAUGGGAAGGUUCGCUCUCUCUCAUUGACGAGGAGCUGGAUGACAAAGGGGAGGAGGAAGAGAAGGUGAAGAGGAGCAGGACGGAGGAGGAGGAGGAGGUGGGGGUGGGAUUCAGCACCUCCUCCACUCUUCCUACCUCUCCCUCCGUCUCCUCCUCCAUCACAUCUCCUAUUUGCUCCUCCUCUGCUCCUCAUCGGCCUGCUCCUCCUCCCGACCUCCCGGUCUGCGCCAAGAACAUUUCCCUGUCAGCCAGCGGAGAGAAAGUCAUCCUGUGGACCAGAGAAGCUGAUCGAGUCAUUUUGACGACGUGUCAGCGCGAAGGAGCCAAUCAGGAGACGUUCCAGUCCGUCUCCACUCUGCUCAGCAACAAGACUCCGAGCGAGGUCUCUCGCCGGUUUCGGGAUUUGAUGCGUCUGUUUCGGACGGCGGCGCGCCAAACUGGCUCUGAGGACGAGGCUCCGCCCACUCAGCCAGGAACAGCCAAUGAGAAGGAAGACUGAUAUCAACCAAUCGGAAGAGCUUUUAAAAAACAUAUUCCCAGGUCUUUUAUUGUGAAAUUACCUGCAUGUUUUAUUGUACAUAAUAAAGUGUAAAUAUGAAAAUAUCAGAUUA